UUUUGUCCUCUAUAUUAAUGGAGUUGUUAUGUUUGCAGGAUGGUGUCCAAAAGUUACGGCAGGUGACACGAAGACAGAACAGCACUGUACAGAGACUGUCCACCGAGAUUCUGGAGCAUGUGAUGCAACAGGUGGAACAGCAGGUGGAUCAGCAGGUGGAACAGCUGGUGGAACGGCAGGUGGAACAGCUGGUGGAACAGCGGGUGGAACAGCUGGUGGAACAGCAGGUGGAACAGCUGGUGGAACGGCAGGUGGAACAGCUGGUGGAACAGCUGGUGGAUUCUAAAGUGGCACCCGUCACAACCUCCCUGACACAGCUGGCUCAAGCCUCGGAUACCUUCAAGGUCGACCUUGAGAAGACGAGGCUGGAGAUGGUGGUAAUGCAGGAGAGCAUCUUCGAGGAGGAGGAAAACUUGAAGAUUCUCACCAGGAUAAUGGAGGAAAACCUCCUGAAGAAGGUGGAGGAAAUGAAAAACCUGAGCAAGAAGAUGGACGAAGGAUUCCUCAGCGUAGGAGAUAACAUCAACCUGUUGGCAAGCAGCCUGAUCUUCCCUAUGGAGGAUCGGAUCUACCAGCUUAACAGUACUCUCGUGGAUGCUGGAGAGGAGUUCGACAAGAGAGUGGAUAACCUCGAGACUCAGGUUCGGGCUAUCAAGAUCCAGGGAUCCAGCCCUAAGACCAGCCAACUCAGUGAGCAGUUCCACAGGCAGGUGACAGCUCUCCAGACCCAAAUUGGCAGGAUUGAAGGAACCAUCAGCAACUUAGACGGACGGAUGUCUGGCUUGGACAGUCGUCUGGUCUCCUUGGACGAGCUGGCUGGACGGACGUCAACCCUGGAGACAUCACUGACAGGUCUCCAAACUACAAACACGAACCUGAACAGACAGUCUCAGAACUUAUACAACAGGAUUGGUACCCUUGAGAGUAAUUCUGGAAGCAUCAAUCUGGAACUCAAGACUCUGAAAGAGACGUCUCAGAUGAACCUUACCAACGUCGUUCGUAGGGUCGAGCACCUGGAGGAGAAGAUGAAACAGAGAGAGGUAGCAAGGGUCCAGGGAGACGCCAUCUUAGGCAGAGUCACAGGUGAAGGUAGGAACAUAGUAUCAUCUACAUCCGAUUACUGGAAAGCCUACUCUGGAGUUCCUGGAAGUCCCCAUAUUCCAGGGCUAAUGGGACCACCAGGAGAUCACGGUGCCCCAGGAGGUCAAGGAAGUCAAGGAGCACCUGGAGGUCAAGGAGUACCAGGGGCACUAGGAGAUCGAGGAAGUGGAGGAGCACCAGGAAGCCGAGGACCACCUGGAGGUGCUGGAGCACCAGGAGAUGCUGGAGCCCCAGGGGCACCAGGAGGCCGAGGGGCACCAGGAGGUGCUGGAGCUCCUGGGGCACCAGGAGGCCGAGGAGCGCCAGGAGGUGCUGGAGCCCCAGGGGCACCAGGAGGCCGAGGGGCACCAGGAGGUGCUGGAGCCCCAGGGGCACCAGGAGGCCGAGGGGCACCAGGAGGCCGAGGGGCACCAGGAGGCCGAGGGGCACCAGGAGGUGCUGGAGCCCCUGGAGGCCACGGGGCACCAGGAAGUCCUGGAGGCCGAGGAGCCCCUGGAGGCCGAGGAGUAGCAGGAGACUUCGGAGCACCAGGAUACCCUGGAUCUCCUGGUCUUCCCGGUACACCUGGAAACCGGGGCUCUCCAGGACUUCCAGGACUUCCAGGACCUGCAGGUUAAUAGAGGAAGCGAGUGACAAGUAUCUGCAACCUAUGUCGACUGAUCUUCACCUCACCUUGCAGAACAUCCACCCGUUGACAGCCUACUCUUCCUUCUGAUGUUUACCUCACCCACCUGUCAGCUUAGCGCUGACAGCUUUAUCAGUCACCUACUCAACAGCACCUGAUAACAGCUGCCUCGGUCUCCUGACUUCUGCAUCACCUGUCUCUUACUGCCCCUACCAGCUAUUUAGGCAGCCUAGCUCAUGAAAGUUCAGCCGUCCUAUGAGAUGUCAGCCAUAUUCAACCACUCACAAAAAAUAAGAUUUCACAUAGCGUAGCUAUACAAAGGAUGCCUAUUAAUUAAAUAAAAAUCAACUAUUUAUAUACAUACAGAUAUCGUCUAUAAAAAUGCACACCAGAAAAGUA